AAGAGUCUUAAACAAAUAGAUUUUGUCAGUUCCACAUAAUACAGAUAAGCAAAUCUAUCUCAACAAAAUUAACAGGCCCUCCUUCACUCGUUUAGCCAUCCCAAUGGUCGGUAUGGGCUAAUCUUGCAGCCAUGGGUGCCAUUAGCAUUGGCAGCAGCUGCUUUCCCGCAGCAUCAGCCAGAGUUUUGAAUACCCCUAAUUAUUUUCAUUGUCAUUUUCAUCUUCGCACUUCAUUAACCACAAAGUUUCACGCUUCUCCACAAGGUCUGAGCGACAGGGCUUGCUCAAGAGAAUUGCCAUGGCCCCGCAGAAAUAGCACAGUCAAAUUAAUUAAUAGCAGAACUUUGAGGGUGCCCUUCAUAUGCAGAGCGGACCUGGGAAGCUCUAUUGCACAACUGAGACUGGGGAAUCGCCUGGAAACUGACAAAUUGGCGUCGUCCGUAAGAGACCAAACUAUGAAGGCGGUAGACGCUCUGGGAGGACGAGUGACCAUUGGCGACGUGGCGAGCAAGGCGGGCCUGAAGCUCAACGAGGCAGAGAAGGCUUUGCAGGCCCUCGCCGCUGACUCUGGGGGCUUUCUCGAGGUUUCAGACGAAGGCGAUGUGCUUUAUGUUUUUCCAAGGGGCUAUCGAACAAAACUUGCUGGAAAAUCUCUUAGAUUGAGAUUUGAACCUGUGCUUGACAGAAUAAAGGCUGUGGCAGAGUACUUGAUCAGGGUGUCAUUUGGAACAGCACUUCUUGCUUCAAUUGCGAUUGUUUACACAGCAAUCAUUGCUAUUUUGUCUGGUAGAAGUGAGGAAGAUAAUCGUGGGAGACGAGGGAGGUCCUAUGAUCCAGGAUUAGGCAGGUCAUACAAUUCAGGAUUUAAUAUUUUUAUCAGCCCAGCUGACUUAUUCUGGUACUGGGAUCCAUAUUACUACAGAAGACGAAGAAGAAAAGAAGGCGGUGGAAUGAACUUCUUUGAAUCUAUAUUCUCAUUUGUUUUUGGGGAUGGUGAUCCCAAUCAAGAGAUUGAGGAAGAGAGAUGGAAAUUGAUUGGAGAAUACAUUGCUUCACAUGGAGGUGUUGUUACAGCUGAAGAGCUUGCUCCAUAUUUAGAUGUUUCUAUGGUAGAUGAAGACAAAGAAGAGGAUGAAUCAUAUGUUUUACCUGUACUGCUACAAUUUGAUGGACGCCCAGAAGUUGAUAGCAAGGGAAAUAUUCUGUACCAUUUUCCAUCACUCCAACGAACAGCGUCAAUGCAGUCUGGAAGGAAGGAGUAUGUUGGCAAGCGAUGGAAAUCAUGGAUUGGAGAAGCCACAAAAUUUUUGCAGGAAAGGCGAUGGGAUUUCAGCAAAGCAGGUGGAACAGAGAAAGCAAUGGUGAUUGCUUUGGGUGGCCUCAACCUUGCUGGAGUUAUUGUUUUGGGUAGCAUGCUGAAGGAAAUUGGAAUUAUGCAAGGAGGGUUUCUUUCAUUUGUUGUCAACAUAUUUCCCCUUCUUCAGAUAUAUGCAGGAUCGUUUUUUGUGAUUCCAUUAUCACGUUGGUUCCUCGUUCAAAAGAAGAAUGCGGAUAUUGACAAGAGAAAUCGUGCAAGACAACAACGAGCUCUUGCACUCCAGGCACCUGACCCAUCUCUCAGAUGGAAGAUUGAAAGUGCUCGAGAUAUGGCAGAACAAACAAUUAUUGGGCAAGAUCGCAUCAUAUACAGUACUGAGAAAGAUUUUUCAGAACAAAAUUAUGAUGCCAAAGAUUGGGAACGCCGAUUUCGGGAGCUGGAAAGAUCAGAUUAACUUUGUAGACUACUAAUGCUAGAAUUUUUUUCAAAAAUAACUAAUUUGAGGACCAAGCUUAUGUAUUUAUGUAUCUAUAGCAUCAUCAUUUCAUAAUUUUUUUCAUCUUUGUUACCAACAUUUCCUCACGGUAUAGUUUUCUGGUACCUAAUAUCUAUUCUAGUGUUUGAUUAUCUGGUAUUCAGAUUCUUUUGAACUCUGUUGUAAUGUGGACCAAUAAAAAUGGAUUUUCACAAUCUA